GCAAUUGCUGUCGUCCAUCAGUCUACAAGUCAUUGGCGAAGUAGACAAUUUUCUAUUUCGCGGGGCUAAUUCGCUAUCAAAAUGGGGAAGAAAGCGAAAAUUGGAAAGCAGAGGAAGGACAGAUAUUAUCAUCUUGCCAAAGAAACAGGUUACAGGUCUCGAUCUGCCUUCAAGUUGAUUCAGCUGAACAGAAAGUUCUCCUUCCUCCAAGAGUCCAGGGUCUGCAUUGAUCUCUGUGCAGCACCAGGAGGAUGGCUUCAGGUAGCAUCAAGGAACAUGCCCAUAUCCAGUAUGAUUAUUGGUGUGGAUCUGUUUCCUAUCAAACCCAUCCCUAAUGUGGUCUCUUUCACUUGUGACAUCACAACAACCAAAUGCAGAAUGCAAUUGCGCAAAGAGAUGAAGACAUGGAAAGCUGAUUGUGUUCUUCAUGACGGAGCUCCUAAUGUUGGAACAAGUUGGGUGCUGGAUGCCUUCACACAAGCCCAACUGACCCUCCAUGCUCUCAAGUUGGCCGUUGAGUUCCUCAACAAGGGCGGGUGGUUCAUCACCAAGGUCUUCCGCUCCAAGGAUUACCAGCCCCUCCUUUGGGUCUUCCAUCAGAUGUUCAGGAAGGUUCAUGUCACCAAGCCCCAGGCGUCCAGGAACGAAUCUGCAGAGAUCUUUGUCGUUUGUCAGGGCUUCAUAUCGCCAGACAAGAUAGAUCCAAAGUUCUUUGACCCUAAGUACAUCUUCAAGGAGGUUGUAGGGGAGGAGACCACCAAGCAGAAAGCCACAAUCCUCAGGGACCCUUCCAAGGUGAAGAAGGCCAAGGCCGAGGGGUACGCCGAGGGGGACUACACCCUCUACCAUCCCGUCCAGGUGUCCAAGUACAUGGCCAGUGAGGAUGCGCUGGAGCUACUCAACAACUGCAGUGAGCUUGUGUUUGACGAUGACUCCAUCGCCUCCCACCUUCUGACGACCAAAGAGAUCAAGAUUUGUUGCCGUGACAUUAAGGUUCUGGGUCGGCGAGAGGUCAGGGAUCUUCUCAACUGGCACAAGAAAUACAACAAGGAGAAAGCACAACUGGAAGAGGAAACAGCUAAUCAAGUAAAAGAGAAGUCCAAGCUUGAAGGCAAAGAUGAAGAUGGUGAAAGCGAGGAAGAUGAGGAUGAUGUGGUUGCUAAGCAACUAGCUACAAUCAAAGAGGAGGAGAGGUUAGCUGGUAAAAGGAAAAAGAAAGAUGCCCUCAAGAAGCGGAAGAAGUUACGAGAGCGACUUCACAAAUCUAAGGAGCUACAGAGUAACAUGGGCGAUGAUACACAAGGGGAAUCAUUGUUUGGUCUGGUCAACAUAAAAAAUGCACAGCAACUUCAAAAGGUGAACACAGAUGAUGCCGGCACAGUUGCCAAUGACAACGAAGGUGCUCCUGAGAAACAGAAGAAGCAGCUCCCAUCCUUAAAGCCAGCCAAGACUCCCGCGGUCAUCGACCAGGAGGAGGAACUGGAGGAGGGGGAGGAGGAGGAUGAUGACGAUGAUGGUAGCCUGAUUGAUAGUGAUUUGGAGGAGGACGAGGCCAAUGCUCUCAGAGCUGAGAUUGAUAGAGUUAGUGGAAGAUAUGAUUCAGAAUCAGACAAGGGUUCAGAUGACAUGUACUCUGAUGAUGACGAUGACACAGGGAAUCCCCUGAUGGUAGACUUGGAGAAGAUGGACCCCGAGGAGAGUGCCAAGAGGAGGACCAAGCUCUGGUUCAAGAAGGGAGUCUUCAAUGGUCUGGACGAGGAAGACGAUGAGGACGUGGAGAUCCAGCAAGCAUCAAAGAGUUACAAGCAGCAAGGAGGGGCUGUCCUGGAGAAGAAAGAAGGCAGUAAAGCCAUGGAGGCCUCGCCAAAGAGCAAGCGGAGCGUGAGCUUCAAAUCGACCGUCACCAGUCUCGGCGACAGCGGGGAUGAAGAGGAGGACGACCUAUCAUCGGAGAGUGAUGACGAGGGUGAAACAAGGACUAAACAAAAUGGUCUCCAGAAGAAGGGACCAGGUUCUGGACCCACAGGGGGUGUUGGGUCCAGGUCCAGGCCUGAUGAGUAUGAUAGCGACAGCGACAGCUCUGAUAGUGACUAUGAGGAAGAGAGUAUGAUGAGGAGGGAGAUGGACGGUGGAGAGAUGAAUGAAAAGACGAAUGGAGUGAAUGAAGGGAAGAGCAAGAAGAGGAAAAUGGAGGACGGUGAAGACAAGAAAGAAGCCGCACAAGCCAAAAAAUCAGCAAAAAUCAAACAGCAUUUGGACCCUGAGGGACUGGCUCUGGGUACCAUGAUGGCUACAUCAAAGAAAGCAACCAGACAGAUCAUUGAACAUGCUUACCAUAGGUAUUCGUAUGGAGACCAGGACAGGAUCCCUGAUUGGCUGAGAUCGGAUGAGACUAGGCACUGCAGGAGAAACACGCCCGUUACCAAGGAGCUUGUUGCAGAGUACCGUGCGAGGCUGCGGGAGGUCAAUGCCCGUCCCAUCAAGAAGGUCGCCGAGGCCAAGGCGAGGAAGAAGAAGAAGCAAAUCGUCAAGUUGGAGAAGCUGCGGAAGAAAGCAGAGGUGAUCAGUGACCUGGUGGACACCUCGGAGACGGAGAAGAUGAGUCAAAUGAAGAAUCUGUACAAGAAGAUGAAGAUAGGGCAAACCAAGAAGAAGGACGUCAAGUACGUAGUCACCAGGAAGCACCAGUCCACCAAGAGGGUCAGUCGACCCAGUGGGGUCAAAGGUCCUUUCAAGGUCGUCGACCCCAGGAUGAAGAAGGACAUGAGGGGCCAGAAGAGAGCAGAGGCAAGGAAGAAGAGGGACAAGAAGAAGCGUUGAUCUCUCUCCCUCUCUCUCU